UCAUGAUGCAUGUUUCUAAAGGAGAGUAUAUUCGAAGGAAAAAUUCGGAUCCAUUUGAGGAACCAGAAUGUGAGGGAUUGGAUAUUUUUGUAAACGAAUUGCUUUGUAAAGGCAAAGGAUGCCUAUAUUCAUGUGUGAAACGAGCACCUCAAGCCUUUUCAUAUGCUCCUGAGACGGGAUGUGCACGUGCCAUCUCUCAAGGACAAGGUGACGAUUACCAAGUCCAACUUGCAGUGGGGCAAUGUCCCAGGAAUUGUAUAUACUAUGUCACUCCUGCUCAAAGGAUUAUAUUGGAUGAAUUACUUCAAAGGGCUUUGAAUGGAACCUAUUUGUCAACUGAAGCAAGCUUGUUGGAGUCACUAAUUGCUCGUGCCAAUUUUGAGAAUAAUAGAUAUCAAGGUCACCCAGAAAGGAAGGCAAAGCACAGUACAAAAUGGGUGGACUGGUUUUGACUCAUCAUAAACAAUAGGAGGAUCUAUUACUGCUUUGAACAAAACUUAUUUCAUGACAUUAGUAACU